AUGCCCCCUGCUCAGGUGGGGUUUCGGAAGGGGACAGCACCGCUGCUGAGCCGCCUGGCAUCCCGCACCCAGCUGGAGCUGGUGCUCUGCGCCGUCUCCAUCUCCCUGGCCCUGCUGCUCGGCGUCGCUGUGGUCGCCCUGGCCAUCCAGUACCGCAGAGAUCCUUCUCACAGCACAUGUCUGACGGAUGCCUGCGUCCGGGUGGCCAGCAAGAUCCUGGAGGCCCUGGAUUCGGAGACAGACCCAUGCCAGGACUUCUACCAGUACUCGUGCGGGGGCUGGAUCAAGAGGAACCCGCUGCCCAAUGGGCGCUCCAAGUGGAGCACCUUCAACAGCAUCUGGGACCAGAACCAGGCCAUCAUGAAGCACCUCCUAGAGAACACCACCUUCAACUCCAGCAGCGAGGCGGAGAGGAAGACGCAGCGGUACUACCUGUCCUGCCUCAAGGAGCAGAGGAUAGAAGAGCUGGGCUCCCAGCCGCUCAUGGAGCUCAUCGACAAGAUCGGCGGUUGGAACAUCACUGGGCCCUGGAACCAGACCAACUUCAUGGAGGUCCUCAAGAUGGUGUCUGGCACGUACCGGGCAACCCCCUUCUUCACGGUGUAUGUGGGUGCAGACUCCAAGAGCUCCAACAGCAACAUCAUCCAGGUGGACCAGUCGGGGCUUUUCCUCCCGUCCCGGGAUUACUACCUGAACAAGACUGCCAACGAGAAGGUCCUGGCAGCGUACCUGGACUACAUGGUGGAGCUGGGCAUGCUGCUGGGGGGUGCCAAGGAGCCCACCCAGCUCCAGAUGCAGCAGGUGCUGGACUUUGAAACCCAGCUGGCCAAUAUCACCGUGCCCCAGGCUGAGCGGCGGGACGACGAGAAGAUCUACCACAAAAUGAGCAUCGCUGAGCUGCAGGCCCUGGCCCCUGCCAUCGAUUGGCUGGAUUACCUGGCCUACGCCCUGGCCCCGCUGGAGCUGACGGAAGCAGAGCCUGUAGUGGUGUACGGGGAUGCCUACCUCCAGCAGGUCUCUGACCUCAUCAAUGGCACUGACCGGGGCAUCCUGAACAACUACCUGAUCUGGAACCUGGUGCAGAAAACGGCCUCCAGCCUGGACCAGCGCUUCGAGACGGCCCAGGAGAGGCUGCUGGAGACGCUCUAUGGCACCAGGAAGUCCUGCACACCCCGCUGGCAAACCUGCAUCUCCAACACAGACGAUACGCUGGGCUUCGCCCUGGGCUCCCUCUUUGUCAAAGCCACCUUCGACCGGGACAGCAAGGCCAUCGCUGAGGAGAUGAUCAGUGAGAUCCGGGCAGCUUUUGAGGUGUCCCUGGACCAGCUUGACUGGAUGGAUGAGAAGACCAGACAGGCAGAAAAGGAGAAGGCAGAUGCCAUCUAUGACAUGAUUGGCUUCCCAGACUUCAUCCUGGACAACAAGGAGCUGGACGAUGUCUAUGACGGGUACGAGGUCUCAGAGGACUCCUUCUUCCAGAACAUGCUCAACUUCUACAACUUCUCUGCCAAAGUGAUGGCCGACCAGCUCCGGAAGCCCCCCAACCGGGACCAGUGGAGCAUGACCCCGCAGACCGUCAAUGCCUACUACCUGCCCACCAAGAAUGGGAUCGUCUUCCCCGCCGGCAUCCUGCAGGCCCCCUUCUACGCCCGCAACCAUCCCAAAGCCCUCAAUUUCGGUGGCAUCGGCGUGGUGAUGGGGCAUGAGCUGACCCACGCUUUUGAUGACCAAGGCCGGGAGUACGACAAGGAGGGCAACCUGCGGCCCUGGUGGCAGAACUCCUCGCUGGAGGCCUUCAAGAACCGCACGGAGUGCAUGACGGAGCAGUACAGCCACUACACUGUGCACCACGAGAAGGUGAACGGCCGGCAGACCUUGGGCGAGAACAUCGCCGACAACGGCGGGCUCAAGGCGGCCUACAAUGCCUACAAGUCCUGGCUGCAGAAGAAUGGGGAAGAGAAACGCCUCCCAGCCCUGGGACUCACCAACCACCAGCUCUUCUUCGUGGGCUUUGCACAGGUGUGGUGCUCCGUCCGGACGCCCGAGAGCUCCCACGAAGGGCUGGUCACCGACCCGCACAGCCCCGACAAGUACCGUGUCAUCGGCACCCUCAGCAACUCCCGGGACUUUGUUGAACAUUUUGGCUGCCCCCUGGGCUCGCCCAUGAACCCCGGCAAGCACUGUGAGGUGUGGUAGGGACGGAGACAGCCCACCGGGCCAGGGAGGGUGCAGGGGAACGAGGGGACGCGUGCCCAUCUGCCCCCCCCGCCUUUGCCAGGCACCGGAGCUGACCUAUGGGCAGAGAGAGGGGCCACCUCCCGGUUACUCUCCAUCGUGGUCCUCCCCACACAGGCACGCCGCCUUGCCCCCUCCAUCCAGGUCCUUGCCCCCUGUCCCCAUUGCCCUUAUCCCAUCAUCCCCACCCCAGCGCACGCAGCCCCCAUGCCGGGCACGGACUGGAGCUGCUGCGCCCACUCACUGCAGCCCUGCUCCAAAGCCAGCAGACAGGCACGCCUGGCAGAGAAGCCGUAGCACCCCAGAAACACAGCGCUGCCCUCCAACCCUGAUGUGCCCAGAGAUGGGCAUGGCUCAGCCCCCUCAGCAUCACAUUCCCCCCUCAGAACCGGCAGGUUAGGCGGGCCCCAUGGAGAGUGUUAGAGCCAAGCCCCCCUCUGCUUCUGCCACCCCAACCCACCACCUACGCCGGGGACGCAUUCCCGGACUGCUGGAGAUGGAGCUGUGAUGUUUGGAGCUGCCCAGCUCCUUCUCUUAACUCGAUCCCCUCCUGAACCAGCUUGCCUUCCCCAUCCACAUCUGCUGGGACCAGUGGGUGGCAGAGGGAACUGGUGCCUUCAGCUGUGGGUGGCUGUUGCUGAAUUUAUUUAAUGAUUAAAAGCAGUUUCCACUUA